UUUCCAUCAACAUCAACAGCACCAAGAUACAAAGGGUGAAUACUUAUUCCCGAAGAAUAAGCGAGUACUGCUGCCAAAUCUCGGAGUAUUUAGAGCCCCGAGUCGCUUCCACACCAAGUUGACUAUUGCCAUUUCAGUUCUUAAUCCGUCCUCAAGGUCCUCGCAAUACCAACCAUGACUUCGCUUUCUGCCCUAAAUAUCUCUCUGCAAUAUCCUCCUGCUCGCAGAGACGACACCGUCGUCGAAGAUUACCAUGGCGUCAAAAUUGCCGAUCCUUACCGAUGGCUCGAAGAUCCUGAUGCGGAAGAAGUGAAAGAGUUCGUACAGGAACAGGUUAAAUUGACGGAUUCGGUUCUUCAAAAAUGCGAAACCAGAGAGAAGCUUAGGGAAACGAUAACGAAGCUUUUUGAUCAUCCUCGUUACGACGCGCCGUUUAGACGGGCGGAUAAGUACUUCUACUUCCACAACACAGGGCUUCAGCCGCAAGAUAUUCUUUAUGUGCAGGAGAGUUUGGAGGGAGAGGCAGAGGUGUUACUCGAUCCCAAUGGCUUCAGUGAAGACGGAACUGUGUCGCUGAGUACUCUGUCAGUAAGUGAAGAUGGUAAAUACUUGGCUUAUGCGCUUAGUUCAAGCGGUAGCGAUUGGACGACUAUAAAAGUGCUGCGAAUUGACGACAGGAAUGUUGAGCCCGAUACUUUAUUGUGGGUAAAGUUUUCCUCAAUUAGUUGGACGCAUGACAACAAAGGUUUCUUUUAUAGCCGCUAUCCAGCACCAAAAGAUAGAGAAGUAGUAGAUGCUGGGACUGAAACAAAUGCUAACCUUCAUCAUCAGCUCUAUUACCAUUUUCUGGGUACAGAUCAAUCAGAAGAUAUUUUGUGCUGGAGAGAUCCUGAAAACCCUAAAUAUUCGUUUGGAGGAGGUGUUACUGAUGAUGGCCAGUACAUUCUUCUCAAUAUUUCAGAAGAUUGUGAUCCAGUCAACAAACUUUACUACUGUGACUUGUCCAAAAUUCCUAAUGGGCUGGAAAGCUUUCGGAGUGGAAAUUCUCUCCUCCCAUUUGUCAAACUUAUUGAUAACUUUGAUGCACGGUAUGAAGUCAUUGCGAAUGAUGAUACUGUGUUUACAUUUUUAACUAAUAAAGAUGCUCCAAAAUAUAAAUUAGUCCGAGUGGAUUUGAAAGAACCAACUACUUGGGUUGAUGUUGUCCAAGAGUCAGAAAAAGAUGUACUUGAGUCAGCAUGUGCUGUAAAUGGUAACCAACUGAUAGUGAGUUACUUGAGUGAUGUAAAGUAUGCUCUGCAAAUUAGAGACUUAAAAACAGGUUCCUUGCUGCACCAAUUACCAAUUGACAUUGGCUCAGUUUCUGAAGUUUCCGGGCGGCGUGAAGAUAGUGUGGUUUUCAUUAGCUUUACAAGCUUUUUAACUCCUGGUAUCAUCUACCAGUGUAACUUGGGAACAGAGAUUCCUGAUAUGAAGAUAUUUCGUGAAAUUGUUGUCCCUGGGUUUGAUCGAUCUGAAUUUCAUGUUAAACAGGAUUUCGUGAGUAGUAAAGAUGGUAACAAAAUCCCAGUGUUCAUUGUUGCCAAAAGGGAUAUUAUUUUGGAUGGUUCACACCCAUGUUUAUUAUACGGAUAUGGUGGUUUUAACAUCAGCAUUACACCAUAUUUCAGUGUCAGUCGCAUUGUAAUCACAAGACAUUUAGGUGUUGUUUUCUGCAUAGCAAAUAUUCGUGGUGGUGGAGAAUAUGGGGAGGAAUGGCAUAAAGCAGGCUCACUUGCAAGGAAGCAGAAUUGCUUUGAUGACUUUAUUUCCGCAGCAGAAUACCUUGUAUCUACGGGUUAUACUCAACCCAAAAAGUUAUGUAUCGAAGGUGGAAGCAAUGGUGGACUUCUUGUUGGUGCUUGUAUAAAUCAGAGACCAGAUUUAUUUGGUUGCGCUCUGGCUCAUGUUGGUGUAAUGGACAUGCUACGAUUCCACAAAUUUACCAUAGGUCAUGCUUGGACCUCAGAUUAUGGUUGUUCAGAAAAGGAGGAAGAGUUUCAUUGGCUAAUCAAAUACUCUCCACUACAUAAUGUCAGGAGACCAUGGGAACAGCAUACUGAUCAGUCUAUUCAGUAUCCAUCAACCAUGCUGUUGACAGCUGAUCAUGAUGAUCGUGUUGUGCCACUGCACACAUUGAAGUUAUUAGCGACCAUGCAGCAUGUCCUCUGUACGAGCUUGGAAGAAAGUCCCCAGACAAACCCUAUAAUUGGUCGCAUUGACUGCAAGUCUGGACAUGGUGCUGGACGUCCAACACAGAAAAUGAUUGAUGAAGCUGCUGACCGGUACAGUUUUAUGGCUAAAAUGUUAGAAGUACAUUGGAUUGAAUAGAAACCACUCGGUCACAGGUUAGAGAGAACAAUUUUAACGGAUUAUAUUGCAAGUUAUCAGUGCUACGCCCCAAUGGAUUUUGUCAAUUAUUUAAUUGGCAUUAGGUUCACUAAAGUCUGCUAAAAUAUUUGUUCCCUAGAUAUUCAUUCUUAAGGAAUUUGUACGUUAUGCAAGGAAUUAAGGUUAUUAUUAUAGCAGCUCUUUUACUCUUUGUUAA